AUGGAGGAACGGAUCAGAAGAUUUGAUAGUGUGUGUGUUGCGGCUGUGCAUCAUAUUGGACGUUUGCAAGAGCAAGCCAGAAAUUUCCUGUCCCAGCUAUUAUGUGAGCCGGGGGAGUUUAAGCACCGCUUCCUGCAGACCAGCAGGCAGCUGGACGAAUUCAUGUAUGCCGUCACAGACUUCAACUUGGCAGCGAGCACUUUCGAAACCAACAGUGUAAACAUGGAUCCAUAUCACCCUGUACCACCAAAAAACCCACAGCAUGCACGUGAAAUAUCGUCCUCUCACUCUAACACACCAUCUCACUCUAACACGCAGAGGUUACCAACAAAAGAUAGAAAGUCAUACAAAAGAGAGAAAGGAAUGAAUAAUACAAGACAAACAUAUAAGAAAGAGAAUUGCAGAGAGAGUAAUGGGAGAGAUUUAAAUAACACGGAAGGAAAUGAAACUGUUGUGGAGCGAAAUGAAGUAAAUAACAUGAAAGGAAAUGAAACAGUUGUGGAGCGAAAUGAAGUAAAUAACACGGAAGGAAAUGAAACUGUUGUGGAGAGAAAUGAAGAUCUACCUGAUACAGGGUGUAAACCGGUGGGUCUGCCUCCGCAACCAAAGUUGGACCCUUUGGUGCCCGAAGCUACUAUUGUAACCGUGGAAGGUGCCCAAUUAUGGAUAGUGGUCGACGAUACUUCAUUCUUCAAGCUUAUGGAAGAUAUGUUGAAUUAUUACCAAAAUCGAGAAAUGGUGGAAGAUUUCAUUCCUAAGAGCGUUUGUGCUUAUUACGACGAAUCCGAAACUAGGCACAUCCUUAGAGCCCUCUACAUUACAUCAGAGGAUGGUGAUCCAGAGGUAUUCCUUGUGGACACGGGGGAAUUCCAACCAGCCACCCACAGUCGCCUGUUCCCUCUCGCCCCGCAGUUCGCAACCACCCCGCCUUUGGCUCAUCUCUGUUAUUUAGCUGACGUUGAACAGACGGAAGAUAAAACUUUAGAAGACAGACGGACAGAAUUCCUGCAACAAUACUUGGGGCAACGAUACAAAAUAAAACUAGUUGAAGACUUAAAUGAAGACGGUUCUUUGCAAUCUCUGGGUGUUUACGUGUACUUAGACGAUGGCACUACUGUCAAUGAGCGAGUGCAAGCACUGGAUUCAAACGAUCCAGAAUUGAACAAUAACUCCAAAAGCAGUAUUAACAACGAAAACAUACAUUCUCUGACUGAAAUAAAUAAAAUAAAUAAAACUUCACAAAAUGAUAAAAUCAAACCUGAUGAAAACGAAAGUAUAAUACUUGACAAAUCUAAUGAAAAUAUUGAUAAAGAUAUAAGUUCAAAAGAAAAUAAAAUGUUAGAUAAAGUAAAUACAUUUAAUGAUGAAAUUUAUAAAGACACGAAUUUAGAAAAAGAUAUAAUAGAGACAGAUGAAAUUAAUGAUAAAAGGGUCGAUGGAAUGGACCUUAGACCUGAUGAAGAUCGGGUUAAAGAAUUAGAGGCGAUAGAAAAUAUGAAUUUAGAUGAAAUGAAAUAUACGGAACAUGAGAAUGCUGUUGAAGCUGUUACGGGUUAUAGCAAUAGAGACGAAAUGGAAAUAUGCAAACAUUACAAAGGCGGCGAGGGUUGCUUCAAAGGUAACCGAUGCAAAAAACGUCACGUCAAAAUACACCCAGACGGCUGGACGCUAGACCGCGUGUCCGUACACGUCAAGUGUCCGUCCCCGCCCCUCCCCCCGCCGGGCACGUGGCUCAAGCUCAAGGUCACGCACGUGGACGACACGUGCCAGCUGUACGUGCACUUUGAAGGUCCAGAGGAGCCUAUGUCUCUAGCCGACGUGGUAGAUGAAAUGACCCUCGCCGCCGAGAAUUCCGGACCUUUAAAGUUAGUACCGGCGCCUGGCGAGUUGGUAUCGGCUCCGUAUGAAGGCAGCCAUUACCGGGCUAGGGUCAUAUCAGCACAUGACUCAGUAGAGGUGUUCUACAUAGACUACGGUAACACGGCAACAGUGUCUAUAUCCGAUCUUCGCCCGCUUGAGCCUCGUUGGCUAACGCUGCCGGCGCGCGCCGUGCCGUGCCGGCUGGCUGGCGUGUCCGUGUCCGACGUGUCCGUGUCCGGGGUGUCCGUGUCCGGGGUGUCCGUGUCCGACGUGUCCGUGUCCGGCGUGUCCGUGUCCGGCGUGUCCGUGUCCGUGUCCGGGGUCGACGUGUCCGAGACGCUCAGGGGUUUAACGUUGGACAGGACUAUGCAGGCGCAAAUCAUGAAUCCGCCAGCUCUUCAGUCAUCAGUAACGUCAAUUAUUAUUUUACUUUUUUUUGACAGCGCUCGAGGUCUCGACGAGGUGACCUUGAAACUUAUCGACGCCGACGGUUUCGACAUCGGCGAGCAACUAGCCGUGUUUGCCGGCAUCACCCUAAAACCUUACGACGUAGAACAUGACGAGCAACGUUGCGUGCUCGUGCCGGCUUAGCCGAACAUUUGA